AGACACGACACCCAUUAUUAUGUAUCACUAGCUCUCUCUCUCCAUCUCUCUUAGUUUGUGACAAGUAAACAUGGGAGCUCUUGAUUCUCUCUCUGAGUAUUUCUCUAACCAUUUCGACGUCUCCAUAAGAAAACGAAAGAAGCGUAAAGUCAUGCAGACGGUGAAUAUAAAGGUGAAGAUAGACUGUGACGGAUGCGAACGCAAAAUCAAGAACGCUGUUUCCUCCAUGAAAGGAGCAAAAUCAGUGGAAGUGAACAGAAAGAUACACAAAGUGACGGUGAGUGGUUACGUGGAUCCAAAGAAAGUGCUGAAGAGAGUGCAGAGCACCGGGAAGAAGAAAGCUGAGUUGUGGCCGUACGUUCCCUACACAAUGGUGGCUUAUCCGUACGCAGCCGGAGCUUACGACAAGAAGGCACCGCCAGGUUUCGUGAGGAAGUCGGAGCAGGCUCAGGCUCAGCCGGGAGGUACAGACGAUAAGCUCAUGUCCCUUUUCAGCGACGAGAACCCUAAUGCUUGCACCGUCAUGUGAAUAAGUAUAUAUAUAGAUAGCACUAUAGCAGCCGAUCUUCUAUAAAUAAUUAGUAAUGUAUAACGUUGUAUAAAGUUUAGAGUGGAACCUUUUUUUGUUACUGUUUAAGUCAGAAUCAAAGCAACAUGUAGUAAUUAAUUACUCUGCGUUUAGCGAGUUGUGGUCUUUUAUCUCGUAAUAAUAUAAUUUUGGGUGUUUAAUUUUGGAUAAA